CUUGCCAUGUUUCGGUGGUGACGCUUCUGAGGAAGACUGUUGAAAUAUGUCAGUCAUGUAAAAUGAAUGAAACAGGGACUAAACAUACUGAGCAGGUGGAUCAUGGGAUUUCAGAUUCUUUAGGUUUCUGUCAGCUUUAAAAUUAUAUAACAAAACCCUUUCCAGUAAAAACACAUCUGCUAACCUCACUGCCAAUACAAUGUAAAUUUAUCAAAUUACACAUCCUGAACAUUUGUUUCCCAGGGUAUUUAAAGCUGUAUUGUUAUCAACUUCCUGUUUUAGAGACCAGUACCCACUGUAUAAAUAAGACCAUAAAAUGAUCCACAGCGCCACAAAAUAUAUGGACACACAACAGCCUACACUCCCUCAACAGGAAGCUGCAAAAUUUGCCUUGAUAUAUCAUUACAUCCAGUCAGUACUUCCUUAAAAUGCAGCUCCCGUGCCUUCCCACAUGCGUGUGACAGCCCUCUGUGUCCGUGUGAUCCGGCCCCUCCUUUUGUCAAGUAUCAGCAUGCAAACUUUAGAAGUCCACACCCCUGCACAGCACCGUCAUGCACAUGCUUAGAGCAGCAGUUCAGACCAGCAGCUCUACACUGACACUGGAAUAUACUCAGUGGACCAGAGUUUUCUUCCUGCUUGGUUUUGUAGAUGGUAUAAGAAGACACAAUGAGAAGGAGAGACUUGUGCUACAGGUACUGCACUGGUGUCUGGGGUGACUAUGGACACAGACUGUUCUACUGAUUUUAAGAUUAAUAAAGGAGUGGCUGCAUGGUUGUUUCCCAAUACUUGGCUCAUCAUCAGUUUGGAAGCUGGUAAGUUUGUUGUGCUUUUUGUACAUAUAUAUACCCACAAGCAUCCACAAUGGACCUGACUCUGUGGCAGUACCAGUUCAGGAUCAUCAUGUUGGGGGAUUCCACAGUGGGAAAGUCAUCCCUUCUGAAGCGCUACACCGAGGACCUGUUCCUGGAGUCUAUCAACCAGACGGUAGGCGUGGACUUUUAUGUCCACUUCCUGGAAGUGGAGCCUGGGGUCCGUGUCAAACUGCAGUUCUGGGACACAGCUGGGCAGGAGAGGUUCAGGUCGGUCACUCGUUCUUACUACCGCAACUCGGUUGGAGGCCUCUUGGUGUUUGACAUGACCAACCGAGCAUCCUUUGACCACAUUAAGGAGUGGCACGCUGAGGUGUGUGAGCGAGUGCAGCCACACAAGGUUCUGUUUGUCCUGGUGAGUCAAAAGAGUGACCGGGACGCUCACGGGGAUAGAGUGGUGAGUCGAGAGGAGGCAGAGAAACUGGCCGGACACUUAGGGAUGCCCUACGUGGAGGCCUCGGCCAAGACCGGCCAGAACGUGAGGGAGGCCUUCGAGCUCCUCGCCCGCAGAGUCUACCAAGGACUCUUGAGUGGAGAGGUAGAGCUGCAGGAGGGAUGGGACGGCGUCAAGUGCACUGCCCCACAGGCGCUGCAGCAGCACAGAGCCAGCCAGUCUCAGUCCAGCACAACCCCCAAGGACAAGAAGUGCUGUGGCUAAACUGUGGCCUGGAAGUGGUGACAAACAUGCACUCAGAGCCAAAACAAGACCCUGCAUGGGUGAACCUGCACUGUGAUACGAUGAUGGUGAAACACCUCUGAUAUGCAUUUUUUUGCACUCUUAAGAUUCUGUCUUUUACAAAUCUUUAUUAUUUCUUCCUCCAUUGUUAUUUGACAGUUUGAACUGAACAUGCAGACAUCACUAGUGGGACAUGCAGGAACACGCCACACACUGCAGACAAGGAGGGGUGGGCUGUCAUGUCAGGUGACCAGGGAGCAUAUGGGGGUUAAAGUGCUUUGCUUAAGGGUACCUCAGCCAGUAAUUUCUCUGUCAGUUGAAGGAUUUGAACCAGUGACCCAAUCAGACAAUGCAAUGUCUGAAAAACAAUGUGUUGUGGUUCAGCCCACCUAAAAAGAGACCAUGUUCAGACAUAGACUAGAACAACAAUAACCAUUACAACCAAGUUCCUCAUAUAGUUACACAAGAAUAUGAUUUUUUAAAAUAACCUUUUUUUAGGAUACAUUUUCAGCAUACAUAUCCUCUCAGCACAGGUGUAAGCAUGUCCAAUUUUCCAGUUUUACAAAAAACAACUAACAAACAAAAAGUUAAACUAAAAAAAGAGAAAAAAAGAGAAAAGUAGUACUCCUCCCCAGCCCCCACCCCCAUUGGUCCACAUUUACUUAAUUACGAGUGUUAUAGCUAUUCUAUUCUGUUAUGUUUUCUUUAGAUUUUUUUAAAUUUAUUUUUUAUCAAAGUAAGAGAGGAAACACAAGAAUAUGAUUAAUAUGGUUUGGCACCUUUAAGAAAAGACUGAAGACACAGUAAUGAAUAAGUCAAUGCACAGGCAAUUUAGUGAUGUCACUGCAGUCUUGGUCUUGACUGGUUUUUAAAUAAAAUCCAGAUUACUUUUUGUCUGAACGUGAGAUAAGAUCAAGUAAAAAUGUCAUCUGUUCUGUGAUAAGAUAAUCAACCGCUUUCCACUGGCUACACCAUCAAAUAUUUUGUAACUUUUUUGUAGAGCAUGUACACUUUUGAUUGCAAAAUCUAUAGCUUUUGUAAUCCUAAGGCUUUAUAAAGUUCACAUUCUCUGAAUAGAAAUCCUCAGCGAUCAGAUGACCAGAGGAACAGGAUCUGAUGAGCUCAUUUCUUCCCUCAGUUCAGGAAAGACCAGGGGUUGUGAUGACUGCAUUCCCUCCUCAUUCAGUCGAACAGGCACUGAAAUUGAGUUUGUGUCACUACCCACAUUUUAAUUUCCAGCAAUGAAUAUUAUCUCAUCUUCCUAUAAUUGAUUUUAGACUCAAAGCCUGUACAUUAAAAGGACGUGCUUCAAUUAAAAAAA